AUGAAUAUACCGUUUGAUCAUAUUACGAAGUCAAAAGAUUACAUAUUUUCUAUUGGGGUUCACCGUUUAAUCUUAAUUUUCGCUUUAUUAUUAGUUCUUUUUUUCACCUUUUAUCUAUUUCAAGUUCAAUCACUCAACUCUACCAUAUCUGUAUGUAAUAAUACAAAUAAAAGACAGAAUUUUACUAAUCAAACAAAUACACUAUUUCAAUCUGAUAAAAUUGUCAUUGUAUCACAUUUUAAUGAAAGUUUAGAUUGGCUUAAUUUACUGGAUGAUGAGCAAAUUCCAUAUAUUGUUUAUACACGAUUACCUAAGCCAUUAGCACAUCAUCGUAAGAUUCGAAUUAAUAAAGGUAGAGAUCCUGCAGCAUAUCUUCGAUAUAUUGUUGACCAUUAUUCAAAUUUACCAUUAUCAGUGGCUUUUGUUCAUGGACAUCGAACAUCUUAUCAUCAAGAAAAUCCAUCAGAUAUUGUUACUGCAUUACGAGCAUUGCAAUGGCAUAAAUAUAAUUACAUGCCAUUAUCUACUAUUCUUGCUCAUCCAACAAUAUUUUAUUCAAAUAUUCUUGAUUAUAUUAUGUAUACUAAUUAUUCAGAUUAUUACACAGGUCGAUCACUUGAAUAUACUUGGCAUAUCAUCUUUGGUGAACCAACACAUAUUAACUAUCCAACAUGUGAUAUAUUUGUAUGCGAUUCAAAAGGAAAUAUUAUUGUUCCAAUGACUAAAAAGAAAAUUCAAUAA